AUGUUACCACUCCUGUUGAUAUCUUUUAUUUUCAGUAAAGAUUUCUGUGAAAGUGUCAAUAAAGCCAACUAUAUUUCUGAUAUCGUAGCUAACUACGAAUUUCACAGUUUAGUUUUCAUAGCACCUAAUCACAGUGUUUUUGGCACUUUUGAUCUGAAUAUUCUUCAAAUUCCGCUAAUUUAUCUGACUGGUGAACUGCAAAUGGAAUUUGAGGAUUUUCGUCACUUGGACAAUCUUUUCAUCGUGUUCAUGAAAAAUAAUACGCUUCUUUCUGGGGAGAGAGUUUUUGCUCAUUCGAAAAGCAUCGUCAGAUAUGGAAAGGUGAUGGUCUGGAACGUUCAUGCUGAACAAGGAUGUGCUCAAAGUCAAUUUCAACCCAUUUUCGAACUAUUUUGGAAAAAUUAUAUUUUACCGGUAAUACUAGUAAACUGGAACGAGGCUGGACUUGUAGACGUUCUUACUUAUAACCCAUUUCCAAAAAUAUCUGUUUCAAGAGUGAAAAAUCAGCAAUAUCCUUAUGAAAGGGUUCAUCUGAAUCUGAUGGGUUUUCCAAUCCGGUCAUACGUAACUUCAGAUGCCCCGCGAGCAUUUAAAUAUAUCAAUGGACAUGGAAAAUUGGUGUAUGCAGGAUAUGGUUGCAAACUGGUCUUAGCUUUCCUAAAAAAGCAUAAUGGAACUUUAGAUGAAAUCUUUUAUAACGAAACAAGAAACAUUGAUGGCAGAGUGCUACAUCGUUUGAUUAUGGAUAAGGAGAUCGACGUUACUAUGCAUCCAUAUCCAUUAUUUAUACAUGUCUUAUCCUUUAGUUUUCCGGUAAAUCAAAUGAAAAUCUGCAUAUUGGUACCAGCUCCUCAAGAAGUUAAAGCAUCCUUAUACAAUAUUUUGCCUUUUGAAAGUAUCACUUGGUAUUCCAUCUUUGCGUCUAUCUUCGUUUUCUUUUGCGUUCAUUUAAUGGUGAAACUUACAUCUGGAGGAAAGAUAGAUUUCACCAAGGACAUCAUUGAUAGCAUAGGAGUCAUCGUAAUGAUCACUCCGAAAAUUCAAAUUUAUAACCGAUCCUGGGAAAGUAGAGUAAUUUUGGUAUUCAUCGGCCUUUACGGUAUACUUGUAACAAACCUAUAUCAAACCAACCUAACCAGCUUUUACACAACGAAAGUUUACGAAGAAAAGAUCGAAACAAUAGAAGAUAUGAUGAGAGUUAAUAUAACCAUAAUGGUCCCUCAAAUUGAAUGGAUUUUCCAUAGAAAUUUCAUUGAAUCGAAGGCUUUCAAAAACCAAUUUCUUCCCGUUGACCUUGCUACUUAUAUUGAUCAUCGGAAUAGUUUCAACAUGAGCUAUGGAUAUGCAGCAAGUUCAGAUAAGAUUUUGUGGUUACUAGAACAGCAAGCGUUCUUCGAGCGCCCCGUCUUCAGGUCACCCAUAUAUUGCUACUACCCAGCAUAUCUGAUGAUGGGCAUGCAGUACAUCUCGCCAUAUGAGGAAGCUUUGGAUAGAGUUAUCCUGCAAUCCUAUCAAGGAGGUUUACUCAAAAAGUGGUUGAAAGACUCUCUGGAUGAAAGUGUGGACGCAGGCAUAGUAAAAAGGAGAAUUGUAUUGAAGAGCAAGUUCAACCCAUUAAUUUUGGAGAAUUUGACGUACUUUUGGAUCCUUUGGGUAACUGGAAUGAUUUUGGCAGUAAUUUGUUAUUUAAUAGAAAUUUGCAAGAGAAAAUUGAAAGAUUAA